GGGGAGUCACUAUCCCUAUCCUCCUUUUAAAUAACUCUGUCCAGAUGUUUACAAAAAUCUUUUAUUUAUUUAAUUAAUAUUUUUUCCCUCUCUCAAUUCUUCGGCAACUUUUUCGUACAACCCGCGAUCAGAUAUUCCGCAGCCGCCGAUUUGACCGCUCGCAGCCGCAGAUUUAAUCGACGGGGGUCUCACUCGGAUUUUACUCGCCGUUCAAGUGUAACGUUUCCUUCUGGUUUGAUCCGGCUUCUCGAGAAACUGACAGGUUAAUUUGGUCCUUCUAAGGGGAGGAAGCUGUAAAGAAAUUCCUCUUGGGUGCCCCAAUGUGCAGAACUGAUGUUAUUGGCAGUAGAAGGUGGAGGGUUCUUCUCUUCUUCAGCUUCUGGGUAUAGCAAGGGCCUGACCCUCCUUCUCUUGGGUCAUAAGAACGAAGAUAAACCCAUGAGAGUUUCGCCGUGGAAUCACUACCAGUUGGUGGACCGAGAAUCCAAUCCUAACCUCCAGCUGGCUUCCACAAAGAACUGGAUUCCCCGCGGGUGCGCUUCCUUUGUCUGCUUCGGUCGCACUUCCGCAGGGCUUGACACUCCGUCUCCCCUUAAAGUGGGCCCUGCCCAACAGCAAGAUGUCUUGCCAGAGCCUCCUACUUCUGACGAGGGAAAGGAUGGUACUGAUCCAGGUUAUGAUAAUGAUACUAGAAAGGUUGAUCUUAGAAGUAGCUUGAAGAGGCCAUCAGACAAACCCCCUAUUUCUUUUGAGAAUGCUAAUGAACGUGGAGCAUUGGGUGCAAAAGGUGAUGAUAUCCCUGGUCAUAUGGAAAGGAGGAAAGUGCAGUGGACAGAUGCACGUGGGAGUGAGCUCGUUCAGAUUAGGGAAUUUGAGCCCAGUGAAGUGGAUGGGUCAGAUGACGAAUUUGACAAUGAGAAUGAUGAAAGAAAUUGUUCGUGCACAAUUAUGUAGCGUGGAUUUACCCAAAGAUGCAGCUGUUGGCUCAACUUCAGGUUAAAUGUAACGAUGCAAUUGCCAGCAAAGUUUCUUGUUUCCUCCUUUUGCUCAAAUUUUCUUUUCUGGGAAAAAGAAAAAUGUAAGUGUUUGAGCCGUAUGGGCAAAUCCUACAGAAGAGGAGUUUCAUCUCUGGCCACGACUGUUAAUUUUGUGUCUAUAUUAGAUUGCUGCUGGUUU